AAUGGAGGAUCUGAAGAGAGGGCCGCAGAUUCCAAUCCUCCAACGUCUCCCACUCUCCUUGAUCCACAAGUUACGAAUAGCGAGCAAUUCAAGUGGUCUCUUCAAUUCGCCACAAGUCUUGCUGUUGCCUGGCCCAAAGACCGCACUAUCCACAAUCGUCUCGAGAUGGUCUGCCAGUGCAUUGAAACCGGCCAUUGGCCCCUCCCCCGUCGCUACUUAAUCAAUUCAGUAGACGAUAUGGGUCGAUAUCACAUAGCUGAGUCAACCGGGGCUGUGAGCCGUGAUGCUUCUCCAGCACCUCCCAGUUCUCCUGAUAUCUCAAGCGCCUCCACAACCCAAAAGAAAAAUCUCAGCCCCUCAGAAGCUGCAACUCUUGCUGCUCUACAAGCCGCAGGAUACACUAACAUUGAUCAAGUCCUUGCUCUUCAGGCUGCAGUUGCUGCAUCUGCGCAUCAAUCUGACUUGUCUGGAUCAAUGCGAGGACGGGGAGGUGGCCGCGGUUCACGCGGUGGUCGCGGACGUGGUCGGGGCUCACGAGGUGGAACAAGCGGUCUUAACAUGUACUCAAGGGAAGAUUUUGCUUCUGCCGCCUCUCUGGCGAAAAAUUCCACUUCUCCCCUUCCUACUCGUGGCAGGGGUUCACGAGGUGGACAAGCAAUUACAUCUCGUGGGGCUUCAGGUUCAACGCGGGGUAGGAAACGUAAGAUUGAAGGAAUGGAUUCGUCAUCGGCUGUCCUACCACCGCCCGAUUCUCCUGCGUGGAAUGUAAAUGUUCCCCUAGUCUCUUUGACAAAUGGAAACCUGAUUCACGGUGAUAAAGCACCUAAACGUCGGCAUUUGGAAGCUUGGCUGAAAGCUAAUCCAGAGUAUAUGCCAUACUCUGUGGAACAGGAGGACCAAAUUAUCUUUAAACGGGUUGCUCAAUCUCGAGGACAGAACACAUCAGCAAUGGAGGCUCUCGCUUACAGGCAUUACAUGUCUACCAUGUUAAGUAAAGUGGUCAACUAUACUGCAAGUAGUACUCAACGUCCUACUCCUUCCACGUCAACAGGGACCUCGGAUGCAGUGUCGGACCAGCAGAAACAGAUGAUGGGUUUCCUUGCAGCUUCGAUGUAUUCGGGAAAUCCCGCGUAUGCUUCUUUUCUAGCCACUUUAAUGGGUUAUGCACAGCCUGGUGGUGUUCAACAACAGCAGACGCAACAGCAGCAGCAACAACAAAAGGGUUCUGAAGCGGACAGACCAUCCUCUUCAAAUGAUCCUGUUCAGUCUUCUGCCAAUACUGUUUCUUCCUCUGAUCCUGCUGCUCUAGGUAAAGAUUCGUUGAAGGUGUAA